AUGGACGAUCAACGGGUUGGGGUUGGGUGGAUUUUUGCCACCGAUAUUUUCGAGACAUGCAGAGCUCACCGCUACUUUCCUCACGACCUCCGCUUCCUGUCAAGGCGAUCUACCGUCCAUCCCCUUCCGUCGACGAUCAAACCCCCAACUCCAUGGCUGCUGCCGGACCCAAGUUGGUUCAGAAGACUAUUACUCUCCCUCCCUACAGCCGUGGUUGCCAUCUUAUUACCUCUAAGAUAGCGUCUAUGGAGAACACCUUAAAGGCGUCAGUCAAGAAUACUGAUGCUCUGAGGGAGGAACUCACAAAGUUGAUGCAGAUAAUCAACACCGGAAAGAUUUCUCUGCCGGUGAUUGCCCAAACCUCCGAAGAACAGACGCAGCAACCAAUUUGCACUCAUCAGACCCGUUGCAUGGUAAGAUUCCCUGAAAGUCCAAACACUACUGAUCCUAUAACUAGUUUGACAAAGUUUGGUAAGGUGGAUUUUCCUAGCUAUGAUGGUAUUGAGAAUUUUAGGGGAUGGUUGUAUAAAUGCAAUUGUUUCUUUAAGGCUCCUAAUGUCCCUGAUGAACAGAAAGCAGAAAUAGCUUCCAUGUAUUUGUCUGGGGCUGCUAUCAUUUGGCAUGAAUGUUAUAUGGAAGACAAUAAGACAUUUCCUAAUUGGAGGGAUUAUAUUUUUUAUAUGAGUUUGAGGUUUGGGGAGGGUGAGAUGCAAGACCCCAUAAUCUUGUGGAAAAACUUGAGCCAACCAGGUAGUGUGAAUGAGUAUCAAAAGGAUUUUGAAAGGAUCAGGGUUAGAGUGAAGUGUAGUGAGAAACAAGCAGUUUUUAUGUUUGUAGGAGGCCCGAAAGAGGAGUUACAGCAUUCUGUGACUUGCUACAAUCCAAAGUCAAUUGUUGAGGCUUAUGCAAUAGCCAAGCAUCAGGAAUUGUCUGUCAAUUCCAUUAUCGAGAAGUCCAGAAACCUCCCACCUCUCCUGCCUUUACCACCCAAUUCCCAAAAAACAUUUCCAAACAUUUAUCCCUACAUAUACCAGAACCAAAAUACCAAAUUACCAUAUAACCUUCCCAAGCCACCAGCAUUUACUCCUCAAAACAGCCAUAUAAUCUCUUCUGUGGCUAAGGACAAGCCAAGGAAUACUAGGUCUUUAUCAGAGGCUAAACUGGAAGAUAGGAAGCAGAAAGGCUUGUGCUUUUGGUGUGAUGAGAGACAUACAGCGGGUCAUAGAUGUUCCAAGAAGAAAUUGUAUGACUUGGAGAUAUAUCCUGUUGAUGAGGAAGGUGCGGUAGAAGUAGAAAAUUUGGAUGAGCAAAUGAGUUUGAACCAGAUUACUGUCAGUGACAAGACCAAACCAGUGGUUUCAAUUCAUUCUUUAGAUGCUAGAACAACUUAUAAUGUUUUCAAGGUGAUAGGUUCAGUUAAUAACAAACCAAUUUUGAUAUUGGUAGAUUCAAGGAGCACUCACAAUAUAUUGAAUGAAGAAUUGGUAGCCGAGUUUGGGCUUGAAACAACAAAAACUGAGAGCCACCAGAUUUUCAUGGCUGAUGGAAUCCAUGAGGCAGGCACUAGAAAAUGUGAAAGGUUUAAAUGGAUGAUGCAAGGGUAUCAAUUUGAGACUGAGAUGCUACUGUCUCCUCUAAAGGAUUAUGAUCUCAUUCUUGGGGUUCAAUGGUUGGAACCAUUUGAAAAGCAUAUGUUUGAAAAGUUUGAAGAAGGCAAAUUGUUAGAAACUAGUCCAAAGAAGGGGCAAUGUGCAGAGGCUGCGUUUUCAUUAGAGCAAGCUUUGUUUCAGGAUAAGUGGGUUGGAGCUGGAGCUUGGAUAGUUAAACAAGUGCUGAAAGAAUUGGUUAGACAAAAUGCUGAUUCAACAUCUUCUUUUGGUACUUUAUUGGAUAAUGAAUAUCAGUGCUUCCCUGGUAUGAAUUUGGGUAAGUGGUUCUCUUGGUUGGUGUUUAUGAGCACAUGAUACAAGCAAUUCUUGUCAAAAUAUUUAACCUCUACGGAUGAUACAGUCCAUUUAUGGGAGCUGAGUUGGCAAGGCUGUUAGAGUUGAUAAAGUUUGUUAAAGGAAGAUUGUUAGUCUGUUAAGCCAUUAGUAGUAUAUAAGAGACAAUGCCCUGUAAUUGUAAUAUCUAUUGAAUGAAUAUUGAACUUUGCU